CCAGAGCAAGUAGCUGCCUACACACAUUCGGCUUUUUUUUUUCAACAAUAAAUUUUUAAAUAUUUCUUUAUUUUUAUAUUAAAAUAAAUAUGCCACCAGCUAUUGAUUUAACUGCUAAACCGAAAAAAAUCGUUUUCGAUGAUGAUGGUGAAGUAUUAACUGAAGUUAAAAUUAAAAAUAAAAAUAAGAAAAAAAAGUUAUCAUCUGCCGAAGAUGAAGAAGAUAUCUCACAAAAAAAUGGAAAUCAUAUCAAAGCAGAUGAAGAAGACGAAGAGGAAGAAGAAGAUUUCUUUGCAAAAGAAGAAAAAUCAAAGAAAAAUAAUAAUUCAAAUGAAAUAAAUGAAGAUCAAAAGAAAUGGUAUCAAGUUUUCCCACAGUUUCCAACAACAGAAGAGGUUCUCGACAUCAAAGAGAAAGAACAAACUGAAUUGUUUAAUCUUUGUAAAACAUCCUACGAAACUGAAUUACCACGUUUUAUUAAAAAAAAUCCAAAUGACUCCAAAUGGUUGUUGACUGCAAUUCACAAAGGUACAGCCAAGGAUCGUGCCAAUGCUGGUGCACUUCUUGUCACAAGCAAUCCAAUCGGUAAUCUCCAAGCUCUAGAAACUUUGAUUGGUUACACAAAGCUUUCAAAUAAGUCCUGCACUGAAGUCAUAUCGAUUCUAACUGAUCUGUUUAUGGAAGUUCUUCUUCCUGCUCACAGGAAGUUAUUGUCAAUUCAAAUGAGAGCAGCUGAUUGGAAGGCAUUGAAGAAAGAUGAAUCACUUACAAAGGAGCAGCAAAGGAAAAUUUUUGCUUAUUGGUAUUAUGAGAAUGAGUUGAAGGAUCAAUAUUUUGAAUUCCUGAAAAACCUCCAGCAAGGUCUUCAAACUGGUCAAGAGAAUAACAAAACAACUUCAAUUAUUUCCGCUUCUCGUUUGCUAUCCUAUUCUCCCGAAAAAGAACAAAUGCUCUUGACAAUGCUCAUCAACAAAUUGGGAGACCCUGUGCCAAAAGUUGCCUCAAAAUCUUUGCAUCAUCUCUCCGAAGUUGCCUACAAACAUCCCAACAUGUGUGGUGUCAUUACCGCCGAAACAGAAAAAUUACUCUUCCGAAACAAUAUUUCCGAGCGAGCACAACAUUUUGCAUUGUGUUUCCUCUCCCAAAUUGCUCCCAGUGGACGGCCUGAAGUCUGUACAAAACUGGUCAAUAUUUGCUUUGCUCUUUUUAAGGUUUUAGUAAAAAAAGGAGCCAUAAACAAUAGAACUAUGCAAGCAAUCUUGCGUUGUUUGCAAAAGGCUAUUUUAGAAGCCAAACCAGCCGAAGGUAGCACAGAGAUUAUGACCAAAGACAUGCAAGAUACGAUAUAUCGUUUGGUCCAUUUAGCAGAUAUUCGUAUCUCAAUUCAAACUUUGUCUCUCCUUCUCCAAUUGGUCACAGUUAAAACAGAGAAGUCGGACCGGUUUUAUAAUGCUCUUUACAAAAAGAUGUUGGAUCUGGAAUUGGCCUCUGUGGGCAACAAAACUGCUGCACAGUUCCUCCACAUCAUUCAUCGAGCGAUACACAUUGAUACGCAUGUGAGUCGGGCGCAAGCUUUCAUCAAACGUCUGCUCCAGAUGUCGUUGUAUUUCCCAUCUGGAGUUGCAGCUGGUUGCCUUAUUGUCAUACACAAAUUGCUUCGGUCCAGAACUGACCUCAAGCGACAUCUAGAAGAGGAAGAAACUCCUAAUCAUGUAGUGGCUGCAGAUGAUGAUGAAUUGGCUAAGUUUGAUAGCGAUGGGGAGGAGAAGUAUGAAGAUGUUAAAAUUGAUGAGGAUUCCAAGGAUGAAGUCAACACUGAAGACACUGAGGAAAAGGAAAAGUCAAAAGGAUCCUCUUGGCAUCAUGCAAAGUUACAAAAUGGAGAACAACCUGAAGCGUCCAGUACGAUUUCGGCAACGAAAUAUGAUCCUUAUCACAGAGUUCCAGCAUUUGCUGGAGCGGAAUAUGCUCUUCAAGCUGAACUUUUGAUGCUGGUGGAGCAUUAUCAUCCCACAGUCAAAGUAUUUGCUGAGAGUAUACUUAACAAAAAAAAGAUCGAUUAUUAUGGUGAUCCUUUGAGAGAUUUCAGUUUGCCACAUUUUCUAGAACGAUUUGCCUUCAAGAAUCCCAAAAAACUGGAAAAAGACAAAGCAGAAAUGCCAUUAAUUCAUAGCAAACAGUAUGUUUCAUUUGGAACACGUGGCAAGCCUGUCAAGAGUUUGACCAAAUCCAAUUGCACUGAGGACGAAAUGUUUAUAUUCAAUUAUUUGGAAAAGAAACGUGAGACUGCUGUUGUGAAGAAGAAAGGUGACGAUGACGAGGAUAAUGAUACUGGAGAUGUAGAUGAUGAUGAAUUUGAGGAAUAUUUGGAUGGAUUCUUUGGGAAGAAAAAUAAGAAGGCGGCAGAUGAGGCGGAAGAGGAAGAAGAAUUGGACUUUUUGAAGGAACUUGGUGGAGAAUUGAAGGACGAUGGGAAGAAGAAAAAAUCGAAGAAGAAGAAGGUGGAUGUUGAAGGAGAUGAUGAUGAGGAUAUGGAUGAUGAUGAAUGGGAUGAUGAUGGUAUGGAUGAAGAUGAUAUUCCAGGAGAGGAUCAAUCUGAUGAUGAAGCUGGUUCAAUUGGUGAUGAUGAUGAUGACGAUGAGGGAUCAAUAUCAUUGGAUGAGGGUGGUAGUGAUGAUGAUUUAAGUGAACCAGAUGAUGAUGAUGAUGAUGACGACGACGAUGAUGAUGACGAAUUGAAACCCCCCAAGUCAAAGAAGGCUAAGAAAUCAGAUAAACCAGUUAACUUCGCCAAGGCACUUAAGCAUAGUGGAGAUAUGAGUUCCCUAUUUGCUGCUGCUGAUGAUUUUGCCGAAUUACUGGAAGAAACCGGUAAGACAAAGGGUCAAGGUACAUCGAGCGCUGUGUACAACAAAGAUAAAUCUUCAGACAAACAAAUGAAAUGGGAAGAGAACAGAAGAUCGAAUUCGAAAAAUUACAUGGGUAAAGGAAAGAAAUUCGGUGCUGGUGGAGGAGGGAAAAAGUUUGGAAAGAAAAGGAAAAGCUAAGUUGAAAUUUGUAGUUUAAGGCGAAAAACUAAUAAAACAAAAAUUGUUAUAGAAAGUAAAA